AGUCCACUCUGGGGAAGGCCACUGAACUCACCCCCACGCCUACAAAACAUACGCUCUCACCCGCACAGCGAAGCAACUGUAAGAAGAAGGAAGAAUGAAGGCGGUAGUGAUCACAAGCCCUGGUGGCCCAGAAGUGCUUCAGUUGAAAGAAGUUGAUGAUCCACAAAUCAAAGAUGAUGAAGUUUUGAUCAGAAUUGUAGCCACCGCCCUCAAUAGAACUGACACCCUUCAGCGGAUGGGUAGGUACGAUCUGCCUAAGGGUGACAGCCUGUACCCGGGUCUCGAAUGCUCUGGUACCAUCGACGCCGUUGGGAAAAAUGUUUCUCGCUGGAAAAUUGGUGAUCAGGUAUGUGCUUUAGUUGGCGGGGGAGGAUAUGCGGAGAAAAUAGCUGUACCUUCUGGGCAGGUUCUUCCUGUCCCACCUGGUGUUUCUUUGCAAGAUGCAGCUAGUUUUCCUGAAGUAGCUUGCACUGUCUGGUCGACUAUCUUUAUGAUGAGCCAUCUAUCCAAGGGAGAGACUUUACUGAACAUAUCAUUUCAGAUCCACGGAGGCUCUAGUGGAAUUGGAACAUUUACAAUUCAACUGGCUACAUACCAUGGAGUGAAAGUAUUCGUCACUGCAGGAAGUGAGGAAAAACUAGCUCCUUGCAAGGACCUUGGAGCUGCUGUUUGUAUAAAUUACAAGACUGAAGAUUUCGUUGCACGAGUGAAGGAAGAAACAGGAGGAAAAGGUGUUGAUGUUAUACUUGAUAACAUUGGUGGUUCAUACCUUCAAAGGAACAUUGACAGCCUAAACUUUGAUGGAAGGCUAUUCAUAAUUGGCCUCAUGGGUGGAGUAAAAACAGAAGUAAAUCUUGCUGGCUUGCUAGCAAGACGCCUCACAGUGCAGUCUGCUGGCUUGCGAAAUAGGAGCCGUGACAACAAAGCUCUGAUUGUGAGCGAGGUAGAGAAAAAUGUAUGGCCGGCUAUAGCUGCAGGAAAGAUAAAAUCCGUUGUGUACAAGUGUUUUCCGUUAGCCGAAGCUGCAGAAGCUCACCGCCUAAUGGAAAGCAGCAACCAUAUAGGAAAGAUUCUCCUCUUGGCUCCAUGACGCGUUCUUAAAUAGUCUUCAACCUCUGUUAUUACCAUUCAAUAUACAGUGGAGGCACGCCUGUUUGUUAUGCAAUACGUUCCUCUCUUUUUUUUCUUCACAAGACGUGCCUUUUCCUUUUCUUUUCAAGUGGGGGAUUUAACUUAAAACGAUGUCAUUAUAUAUAUGAAUAAUGUUAUGUGUAUACCUUAACACAUAGCAUUACACCCCCCUUAGAUGAAAGGGGGCUCACACAUAUUUUAUUGCA